UUUCUCCUACUUGGCUGCUGUUGUUUUUGUUGUCGUUGUUUGUAAACUAAUUGCCUCCAUGGGGGGCGGAGGAAAGGAAAUCAGAGCUGCCGCAGCCGAAGGGUGUGCGAGCACGCUGGGGAAGAGCCGAGGAGCCGCAGGACGGGAUGGCAGCGGGCAGCCCGGGCUCGGGAAGCCGGGCUGCGGCGGGGAGCGCUGCCCGCGGCGGGCCGGCCCGCUGGGCUCCGCGCUGGCCGCGCUGCUCUCGGCGCUGGCCGCGGCCUCCUGCGUCUACCUGGGGCUGCGGACCAGCGACCUCCAGGCCAGGGUCGCGGCCAUCGAAGGCGCCCGAGGGAGCUUGGCCGCCGCCGCGCCGCUCCCGCCGCUGCCCGGCUUUUCCCUGGAGCAGCUGAACGCGAUGAUGCAGGAGAAAGUGGAGCGACUUCUCGCCCAGAAAUCCUACGAGCACUUCGCAAAAAUGCGAGUAGCGAGAGAAGCGGCUCCAGAGUGCAACUGCCCACCAGGUCCUCCAGGGAAAAGAGGUAAGCGGGGAAGAAGAGGAGAGACCGGACCUCCUGGUCUACCAGGGAGAAAUGGCUAUCCGGGUCCGAUUGGUAUGGAUGGAAAGCUGGGUCAGCCUGGUCCUCAAGGCCCUCCUGGUCCAAAAGGCGAGAAGGGAGAUCAAGGUGAUCAGGGCCCUCGGAUGGUGUUUCCUAAAAUCAAUCAUGGGUUUCUCUCUGCUGAUCAGCAGCUCAUUAAACGCCGCCUCAUUAAGGGGGACCAAGGACAAGCUGGACCCCCUGGACCUCCAGGGCCACCUGGACCCAGAGGUCCCCCAGGAGACACUGGCAAAGAUGGUCCUCGUGGGAUGCCUGGCUUAACGGGUGAGCCAGGAAAACCAGGAGAACAAGGAUUGACAGGACCUCAGGGGCCUCCAGGACAAAAGGGUUCUGUUGGAGUUCCUGGUGUUCCAGGGAGGGAUGGACAAGUGGGUGAACCUGGUUUGCCUGGUGUAGCAGGAGAAAAGGGAGAAGCAGGGCUCAAGGGUGACCCUGGAGAAAGAGGAGAAAAGGGGGAUGCUGGUGAGAAUGGACUGAAGGGUGACACAGGAGAAAAGGGUGACCCUGGCUCUUCUGCUGCUGGAAUUAAGGGUGAACCUGGAGAAUCUGGACGGCCUGGACAAAAGGGUGAACCAGGCCUUCCUGGGCUUCCUGGACUUCCUGGAAUAAAGGGUGAACCAGGGUUCAUUGGUCCACAAGGAGAACCUGGGUUGCCAGGGCUUCCAGGAACAAAGGGUGACAGAGGAGAGGCAGGCCCUGUUGGGAAGGGUGAGCGAGGGGAACCUGGAAUCCCUGGACCAAAGGGGAAAACAGGUGAACCUGGAUCUAGAGGCCCCAAAGGGUCAAAGGGGGAUACAGGUGAGAGAGGUGACACAGGGUCUGCAGGUCCACGGGGACCACCUGGACAGAAGGGUGAUCAAGGUGCAACAGAGAUAAUUGAUUAUAAUGGCAAUAUCCAUGAAGCUCUGCAGAGGAUUGCCACCCUGACUGUCACGGGACCACCAGGACCACCAGGACCCCAAGGGCUUCAAGGGUCAAAGGGUGAACCAGGAUCCCCAGGAGCCCCAGGAGUUGAUGGAGAGCAGGGUCCUAAGGGCUCAAAAGGAGACACAGGUGAUCCUGGAAUGCCUGGAGAAAAAGGGGGAAUUGGACUGCCUGGCCUACCAGGAGCCAAUGGCAUGAAAGGUGAAAAAGGAGAUGUUGGCUUGCCUGGUGCCCAAGGUCCUUCAAUGGUAGGACCACCUGGACCACCUGGGCCACAUGGCCCUCCAGGCCCUAUGGGACCUCAUGGACUGCCUGGCCCAAAGGGAGCAUCUGGCUUAGACGGAAAGCCAGGAGCCCGGGGUAUAGAUGGCCCAGUUGGUCCCCAUGGCCCUGCAGGUCCCAAAGGAGAGAGAGGUGAGAAGGGAACUGCAGGUGACCCUGGACCCAGAGGACCAUAUGGCUUGCCUGGCAAAGACGGCGAGCCUGGCCUUGAUGGUUUCCCUGGUCCUCGAGGAGAAAAGGGUGAUGUAGGAGAAAAGGGAGAAAAGGGGGAAAAGGGAAAGAAAGGCAAAAAAGGGCCUAAAGGGGAGAAAGGAGAACAGGGUGCUCCUGGAUUAGAUGCACCUUGCCCAUUGGGUCCUGAUGGAUUACCAAUGCCUGGCUGUUGGCAAAAGGUAGGAUGGGCAGAGCUUUUUCUUUUCAGGAGCAGUAUGUCUUUAGCACACAGAAAUGCCUGUCACACUGAACAGUGCCAAGAUACUCUUCAAAGCCUCCUAUCCAGCAAUGCAGGACCAGACCUCUCCAUGACAGUAGUUCAUGGGAUAUGUUGUAAUUUAUGUAGAAUAGUUCACUGAGGCUGUACUGUAGAAAUGGCUGGCAUUAGUUUCCUGGAAAGUCCAAGAUUUUUCUUUUUUUGCAUGGAGGCUCACACAUCCUUUGGUUUCUGCAGAUGAUCAGUGCUUCCUAUUCAUUAUAAAAGCCCAUGGAUAUGGCAUUUUUGUCAAAUAUUUCUGUAGAUCCAUUAUUACAUUGGCUUUCUGGGAUACUGAGAAGGACAGUGUAUCUUGAACUUUUCUUUGCCUUGCUUUUCUAUUCUUCAAUAAAUCCUCCUGGGUUUUGUGUUUUAUGGCAAUGUUAACUGAUGACAUUAUUUUAGUAAAGAUUUAACCUAGACCAUGCUUGAUUUAAAAACAUUGCAUUCAGAAUAAUAUAGUUGGAGGGAUACUGGCAUAUAAUACAUCAGAAAAUGUGAAGCAUAAGUGAAAUCCCAGGUGUAUUUAUCUCUGAAGAAUAGUUGGUGCUGAGGAAAUAAGUAUGCAAAUUUGCAACUCUGCCUUACUGUGUAUUUGUAAUAGAUGUCUGAAAUACCAUACUAAUUUAAUUAAUCUGUAUCUCUUUUUGUCUCUGCAGUGAUGAAUCUAACCUUACAAGCAUGAAGUUGUAUAUAUAGUGCUCCACUUUUUUAUUUAUAGUUGAGAACUGAAAAUUUGAUUUUACAAGUCUGAAAUAUGUUUACAUGUAGCUGCUUCUACUUGUUUGCAAUAGUCCAUACAUGCAUCUUUUAUUCACCUACAUCUGCAGUUAGAUGACACAAUAACUGCAGGAUAAACCUGCAAAGAUUGUCUCUCUAAUGGGAGAGACCUCAGAACAAUGAUCAAUAAUAGAAAUUCUUAUAUUUUGGCUUGUGGAUAUGCAUGGACAAUGAGUGCCAUGAACUAGUUUACAAGAAAUUGUGACCAAAUAAGAGCAAAAUGCUAUGAAAAGUACUGUACCAGCUGCUGUUGGAGUUUACUGACCUGGCUUCCAUGUCCAUCUUAAACACAUCACUGAUUCAUGACACCACAUCUGCUCAUAUGAACUAAAAGCAUGAGUUUGUGUGCCAGACCUGCUUGCUGUGUGAUCAUGAGUGGCUGCUCACGGUGACCUUUGAUUACAGCUUCUGAGUCAUUUCCUUUUGUCAUCUCAAGGGAGUCACACCAUGGCUCAUUGCUAAAAAGAGAUAAACCAGAGGAGCACAGAGAGAGGCCUUGAAUUUUUGGGGAGUAGCAUUCCAGCUGCAGGUGGAAGGCUUCCAGUCUCACGGGAUCCUUGGUCCCUUUGGUGGAGGAGGGCCCUGCCUGUUGGUGAGCACCAGUUUUGCCUCGCUCUGCUCACGGUCGUGGAGACAUUCACGAUGGGCCCUGCCGAGCCCUUAACCAAGAGGGACAGAAUGCUGAAGAAGAAACCAGACUUCUCUGUGGGUUGUUUGAAAAGGUUGCAGAGGUGCUGCAGGGAUCAUUUGAUGGCAGACACCGCCUGAGACCAGAAGCUUCUCAACCUCACUCGAGGAUGGACAGAGUAUUUAUACUCUGCUUAUUGUAUUUUGGGACUGCUGGAGGAGAAAGCACUCUUGAGGUGGGGAUGAAUCAGAUCAUCCUCCAGAGGAGGAUAACAAUGGAACUGACCAGAGAUGUAUGUAUCAUGGUGUGGUUUUCAGGUUGUUCACCUUAAAUUACACAUAACUUGCUGAACUUCGCUACAGGAUUUUGGAAGCAAUAGUUUGUUUUGUUUCCUUUUCCUGUUACUGUUGCCAUAAAGAAUGCAUUUCAAUAAACUAUUCAACGUUUGUGAUGAAGGCAUUGAAGAAAAUACUUUCAAGCCACAUACUCAUCUUGUUUCAGUAUUAAGAGUUUUUAUUUCCGAGUCUUUGAAGCCUUGAAGUCUGGAAGAGAAAGAGUUUAUUUUUGUGUUUCACAGAAUGAUGCAUUCAUCUUGUUCCUUUUAUGUUGUUACAGUGAUUUUAGUGGACAUUAUUGCUUAAAAAACGUUGGAGAGAAACAAUUCUGUGUGAUUAUCACUGCACGCUUGUCACCAUGCUUCACUGUUAAAUGUGUUGAUUUUUCUCCCUUUCUGUUCAGAUGGCUUUCUAGAGAAACAUUUCCUUCUCCACUUUUUUUAUUGCUAGAAGUAUGUAAUUUGUGCACAUUUGUAGUUUUGCCACGAGGUAUUUUUUACAAUUUUGAGUCUUCAUAUGGUGCACUGAAGUUAGUUUGAGAGAUUAAUUUAUGAGAAAUUGUGCCAUAUUUGGCAGAUGGAAAUUCUUUUUAUAUCCUUUCUGUUCCUAAUGUAUAUAGCAGGAUCAUCCCAAACGUUUUUAGUUAUUUCUGAAAAAGUUGUCUUUCGACCAAAACUGAAGUUGAAGAAGACAGCUUGUCUCCAUUCAUUUGAGGGCACCUUAUGCCCUUCUUGGAACGCACAUUUUUCCUUGCUCCAUCAUUUCUAAGUCAUGUGAAGCCUCUGACUUGCCACUUCCAGUCUGCUUGUUCAGGCAGCACUGUCUCAAAAUCCAGCAGGCUCAGCCUGCCUGACAGAAAAGAGCUGCUCAUAUCAGAGUCCUGACUUGGCACAUUUGGCUGGAUAAAUGGCAGAUGUGGAGACUAGGAGCUGAAUGUUUUUUAAGGUAUUGAAUACUGGCAAUCAAUACAGUAAGAUGAAAUAUUUUUUAAAGGUACUUCAGAGUAUUUACAUGCAAAAUCAAGUAGGAUAUUUAUUAUCUAGCUAGAUGAUUUAGCAACUCCAUAUUGAGACUGUCCACAAACACAAUUCACUUAUGAAAUAGCAACAAGAUAAAUAAUGCUGUCAUUAGCACUUUCUUUUUCUUUUUAUUUAAUUUGUGUGCAUAUAUUUUUUAACUGCCCUCAUAGCAUCCAUUUCUAUAUGCACCAAUAAAGCCAGCAGAGCUUUAGUCCAUGGUUUUGUCAUUCAGAAAAUAAUUAUAGACACUACUGUUAAGUGUUAGUCAAAACUCAGUUCUCCUUUAACUCUCUGACACUGAAACCCUACUGAAGAAACACUUAAGCACCUUCAUUUGCUUUCUUUUCUGUCUUGUAAAUUAAUUUCUUUAUUAAAUUCUCAGCAGGUAGGAAUACUUCUUUUUUUUUCCAAAUAAUCUUACUUGGCUUUUUUAACCUGUGUGUUGUUCAAUAUCAUGAAAUGUUCAUUCCUUUUAAAUGACAAUGAGUGAGCAGUAAAUACUUUAACUUGAAAGAUCAAACUACAUCCGUAGAUUUGGCAUUAAUAUUUGCAUCUUGGAUUGAAUUGAAAUGAAACUUAACCAUAUCUAGAAAAGUUGCAUGGUCAGUACAAGAAAUAAAAAUAAUUUGGUUUAAUAUUUCAUCAUGAAAAGCACCCUGUGAAGACUUGCAAAGUGUUUAUUUUGUUCAAGAAGCAACUAUUUCUGGUGCUAGUAUAUCUUUUUCCUUUUGGUGGCAAAGCUACAGUUUGAACUGCCAGUGUGUUGUUGUAUCUUUUAGUGGCAUUCCUCCAGAUAGAUAUGAUUUGUUUUGUUUAGUUGUGAGAGGAACAGUAUUCCUCUACCAGUCUUUUCAUUUGUAGAAAUGUGUAGUGGUAUUAGUCUACACAGUUUCUAUAUACCUGACUUUUCAGGUAUGAUUAAUCCUUGUUUCUUUGAGAGUUUUCAGUAUUUGUUUAAUAUGAAGUUUUUUAAUUACCUGUUAAUCCAGUGCAAUAAAACCACAUUGUGCAGAAAUCCUGCUACAGAGGCCACAAAUCUUUUAAGCACUGUAUGGAAUUUGUCUGACAUACAUGGUCCUUGUCUUCAUAUUCAUAGACUAGUUGUGGGAAAGCUUUCUUUUCAGGAUGCUCUGGACGACUUUUUAUUUUUUUCCUGAGUUAAAGCAUGAGAUGUUAAAUCACAGAGCAAUGAUACAAUGUAAUUUUUGAUUUCUAUUUUUAUUUAUUGCUGGUCAUGGUGUCAUAUUCUGAUAGAGGAGCAAAGCAGAAUGAUGCUCUUCAUCCAGCUGUUUUAUAUAUUCUUUUAGUCUAUGGUGUAAGUAGAAUGAAUGAGUUCCAGAAUGAUCAAAUCCAUGUAUCUGCACACGUGUAAAGUAGAGUUGGAAAAGGAAUCAUUCUCAAGUUUGAUGUGCAGUGUGGAAAGUUGGCGUUGGCUCCACUGAGCAUCGCACCCAUGGACGGGUGUGUGUGUGUCAUGCCACCAGAGAGACAAAGCAACCCCAAAAGAGAUCAGCAGACCUUUGAUCCUCAGGGCAGGGUGGUGCUUGUAAGGCUGGGGGCUGUGCCAGGACCUAGGCUGGGAUCUGGAUCCCCAUGGGGUGUGGAGACUGUCCCGCUGAGCAGCCCAGAGCUGGGAUGGCUCCUGAGCCUGGCUCCUCUCCUGGCUGUGCUCCCCAUCCCCAGCUGGGACCAGGGGACAGAGAUGCAUCCUCUCCUUGCAAAGCUCUUUGAGACCUCCAGGAGGAAGGACCCAGGGGAAUAUUACCACCUUCAGCAGGGGGGUUUUGCCUAAAUCAGGACUACUUUGGUAGGAACUGCAGAGAUAUUGUCAGCCUGUUUAUUGAAAGUGAUGAAGAGCUUCAAGACAUGCAGAAGUUCCCUUCUUCCCUUCAAAUUCCCUUAUCUCUGCUGCUUAACCAUCUUAAAUUAUGUUUUUUAAUCUCUGUAUUUUACCUAUGAGGUUCCUAAAUUUUCACACUAAAGACACAAAACACAUCUGCAAAGAUAGUGGUCAAAAGAAAGUUUAAUUUGUAGUCAUUGCAAAAAUUCUAUUUCAGUGACUGAAAUUAAAACUAGCACUGAUUUUUUUUUUUUUUUCUUUUCUGCCAUUUGUUUUUAUGGAUGUCAAUGUUGCUGUAAUAUACAAAUGAAGGUUUUCUUGCACCCUCUGUUAUUAAAAUAUUUUAUGUGGUGGUUGGAUUCAUUAAAUGCAGUUAGAAACAAGUGCCUGCCACCAUCAUUUCUGAAAAAGAUACUCUACAGAACAAGUGGAGUUUGCAUUUUAAAAGGGAUUUGGAGUGUUGUUUUUGUUUCAUUUUGUUUUUAAAUGCAUCCAACUAUCAAUGCUGCUUGAAAAUUGAUUUUUUUUUUAAAGCAGGGGGCCUUAACCUGGGACCGUUAGUGUUUUACUUAUGUCUAUUUAAAAAAGAAAUUGUAUUAAUUUCCCAGAUCCCAUUGGUACUUGCACACUUCUCUGAAGUAUUAUGGAGAGUUGGAUUGGUGGAAGAAUGUUUUACAUAUUGUUAACAUAUAUGUGGAUAUUCUUAUAUUAUUGUACAUGUUUGGGAAAAUAUCACACAACUUUAAAAAUGUUGCUAAGAUGUAUGUAUCUGACUUUUUCCUUUGGAAAAUAUUAUAUAUAUUUUUAUUUGUAUUUUUUACUUUUUUAAGUUCAUCUAUAUGUGCCGUUAUUUUUGUAUUGCAAAUGGUCUCAUAAAUGAAGUAGAAGAGAUAAAAAUACAAAGAAAAGUAAUUUUGGAAGGAUUUCAACACUUGGGGAAAAAAUACAUGGGUCAACAUCAUAUUAUCAAUACUAUAAAUAUUUUGAGUGUCUUAGCACUGUAAAUACGUCACAAGACCUCUUUUGAUGAGUAGUAUAAAGAAUUGCAAGAUUUUAAUCACCCAUUUUAAUUUGUUAUUAUUUACCACUUUCUUGUGGCCACUGGUCUUGACUUAAUUGAACCCGAUCAAACAGCAUGCUUUUGUUUUUAUUAUUAAAAUUUCUCCUUGUUUUUCAGUUGAAUAUUGUUUUGUUUUCUUUCUGUUUUGUACUUCAGGUUUUUCCUUGCUUGUGAGAAGUUGAUCUUCGGAAUUAUUUUUACACUAUUUAUGAUUUAUUUUCGUAAUGUAAAAAGUGUGUAAUUAUUAAAAUAUUAAUCCAACCAUUGGUGCUGAUUUUGAAUAGUUAUAAAGUUCUUAAUGUUGGUGCAAAAAAGUGUUCUAGUCUGUCUGGAUUGGAAAAUGUGUGUGCUGCUUUGUGCCAACCUGGAGUUUGAAGUCUAGAGCAAGUUUUGCCAGACAUUCACACAAAAAUCAGGGCCCCUGCCACGUGUGCAGUAAGAAAACUCACCUUCCUCUUCAUGUUCUCAAUGUGUCUUUCCUCCUCAAAGCAGUAUCUCUUCCUUAUCUUUUCUAAACAGGCAGCACAGGCUGUGGGCAUCCACAGAUUCUGUAAGGGAGAAGUUUUGCUGCAAAGCUUGGAGCCUUUCCUCACUCUGGGAAAGUUGCAGGCAUUUGUAUAUUAAUCAGAAGUUGAAACUAUAGGCAAGUUCAGAGGCACCCUGGGAUCUAAAGAAAUAAAGCUGAAAAUCAACAAUCUCCCUUUUCUGUAUUUCUGAAGGUGAAAAAUAAACCUGAACAGCUGAGAAAUAAAGAUGUGCACAGGCAGUGUCACAAGUAACAGUGAAAGCUAGAAAAUGUGAGGGUCUCUUUUCCACAGAUCCAGCUUGUUCAGAAAUGAUGGAACAUAAUAAUUAUUACAAAAUGGUAUAUUUUAAGUACCCUGGUUUAAGAAGACAUACGUUAGGAGUCUCCCUGAAUGAAAGAUUUUAAAAAACACUGGGGAGCAGCUGUAAUUUCUUCAACACAUUAUUUGAAUGUUUGUAUUAUCUAAAGCACUAAAUAUGUCACAGAACACUCCACACUGUUACACUUUCCAUCACCUCAAAAAUGCAGUCACUGUAGGUGGAGGGACUGGAAAUACCUUUGCUCCCUGUCCAGGAUGAGGUAUUGAGCCUAACGUGCAGUGCUCUGCCAGGCUGCAGGUGCUGUGCCACCCCAGCUGGGCAGCCCUGACCAGUGAUGUCCUUGCUUCAGCUGUGGCCUCUCUUGCCCUUUGCUUGCUUCCAUCUUUCUCCUGUCUUCUGCUUUCGUAGAGAAAUGCAGUUCUAGGUGUCCUGCCAAAGCACUAGUACGUGUGUUCCGAACUGCUGCCAGAGCCAACACCCUCUGGGUUCCCAUUCCGUGCUUUGACAGCAUCCCUGCUAUUUUUCAUUACUGUGCUCCCUUUAGAGCUUCGGGUGCUUUAGAGCCAAACCUCAGGUAACCAAUAUCUUACAGCCUUCACAUCCUAUUGCACCCAUGGGAUGUGGCUUUCCUCUGGCAUUACCUCUUAUUCACAUGCCUCCUCCAUAGUUCUGUGAUGUGCCAAAGCACAUGCAGGACUCCAUGUGAAAUGCCUGCCAGUUCUGCCUCUUUUUUUUUUUUUAUGGCACUUUAAUUAAAUACUUAAAGGCUAUUAUGCAACUCUGCCUUGUGGACCUACCAAACCUGCUAAGCCCUACCCAAAUAAAAAAAAUAACAAAACAGAAGUGACUUUUUAUGUCUUCAUUUCACACAGCUUCACCAUGUGGUUUAAUUAUAACCACACACAAAUGUUUUUAAAAAAACAAACCGAAAAACCUAAGGAGCUGUCAAAGCAUUUCAUGUUUCAGCAAGUAGUGACAACUGCACCCAAACAAAUAUUAAAAAAAAAAAA